UAACAUUUGACUCUGUCAACGGACAUAAACAACGCUUUGUGUUUAGGUUAUGUUAGAAUAAGCUCUAUUUUAAAAAUAACAUAAGACUAUUGUAGUAUAAUUUAUUACUAGCAUUUUGAAUCAUUUUUACAUAAAGUUGGUUUUACCGGUAUAUUUGAAACAACAUGCCUACUUGGAAUCAAAUACAAUCGCAACUGCGAAAUCCAAACAACCCUGUCGUAUUUUUUGAUAUAACUGUAGGAACAACUGAAAUUGGCCGCAUGAUCUUUGAGUUAUUCGCCGAUGUAGUGCCAAAAACUAGUGAAAACUUCAGAGAGUUCUGCACAGGAGAAUACAGAAGAGAUGGAGUUCCACUGGGUUAUAAGGGUGCGACUUUUCAUAGAGUUAUAAAGGAUUUCAUGAUACAAGGAGGCGAUUUUGUCAAUGGUGAUGGAACAGGAGUUAUGAGCAUCUAUGGAGGAAGUACAUUUGCAGAUGAAAAUUUUGCAUUAAAGCAUGAUUCACCAGGCCUGCUUUCUAUGGCUAACAGUGGGAAGGAUACAAAUGGUUGCCAAUUUUUUAUAACUUGUGCUAAAUGUAACUUUUUAGACAAUAAACAUGUUGUUUUCGGUCGAGUCAUUGAUGGCCUUUUAGUCAUGAGAAAAAUAGAAAAUGUACCUACUGGACCAAAUAACAAACCAAAAAUUCCAGUCACUAUAUCACAAUGUGGGCAAAUGUGAAUAAAAAUAUUUUAAAAACAAA